UUGUGCGUCUCUCCCGAACCGUGUAGCCCAGGUACAUAAAGGGACGGGGAGAGUAGCUGGCUUGUCUCUGGAGAGGGCAUCUUUGGCCGAAACGAUGACUGAGAAGCAAGUGAAAGUGAGCAGCACUGCAGUGCGCUAUGGCGCAUCCUAUGGAGGCAACAGGAUCUUCUCUGCCGGCAGAAGUGCUAGGGCUGGUGGAUUUGGGGCAGGAUUCGGCGCAGGAUUUAGUGGGGGAUUCGGGGGAAUUGGACUCUCCAGAGCGGUUGGACUUGGGGCAGGGGCAGGAGGCGCAGGGUUUGGCUUCAGAGGAGGCUUUGGAGGAGGAGGUAUUGGGCUGAGAGCUGGAGCCGGCUUUGGGCUUGGAGCAGGGGCAGGUUUUGGUGGGGGGGCAGGUUUUGGUGGGGGGGCAGGUUUUGGUGGGGCAGGUCUGGGUUUAGGUGGGGGGAUUGGGGGUGCCGGCGGUAGAUUAGGGGGCGCUUUUGGUGUCUUGAAAGGCCGCCUGGGAGGUAGAGGCUUUAAAGUAGGAAGCUAUGGAGUCAGCCCUGCCUUUCUUUUCGGUGCUAAAGCUGGUCCUGGGGGUCUCGGUAGUGGCCCUGGGCCAAGCAUCCCUGACAUCCCCUCCAUUGACCCAUCAUUGCCUUCUGUGGACACCGUGCAAGUCACUCGCUUAAAGGAAAAGGAAGAACUCCAGAACCUCAACAACAAGUUUGCAGCUUUCAUUGAUAAGGUCCGCAGUUUGGAGCAACAAAACGCCAUCCUUAGAGCUCAGAUUUCUGUGUAUAACAGGAGCGAUCCAAGCGCACCAGCUUCCCCCUCCAUCGUUGCCACCACUGCUGUUGCUGGUUACAAAGCCCAGAUUGAGACCCUGUCGCAAACAAAAGCAGCGAUACUGGCAGAAGUCGAUCACUACAAACAGAUCAUCGAGGAAGUGCAAGUGAAAUUUGAUGAAGACAGCGGAGCAACAAAGGACUUGGAGACUGAAUGGACUACUCUGAAAGAGGACGUGGACCACUUGUACUUGACAAUCUUCGACUUGCAGACAAAACUAGCGGGAGUUGAGGAUCAGAUAACCCUUUCCAAGCAGCUGUACGACUCAAAAGUCAGGGAAGUGCAGACUAUCGUCACCAGUGGCACCAAGGCCGCCAUCUCCAUCUCUUUCGACAACUAUGCACAAGCCGCAGAUCUCACAUCGGCCAUCUCAGACAUGAAAUUCCAGUAUGAAGCCCUGGUGGCAAAGACAAAGCAGGAAGCUUUUGCAGCGGCCGAGAGCAAGAUCGUUCUGGCAUCGGGUUCUACGCAGUCAUCAGUCCAAGCCCUGACAUCGUUCAAGGACGAGUACAGGAUGGCAAAACUCCAAGUGGAAUCAGUACAGCGUGAAAUAGAACGUGUGAAAACCCUGAAUGUACAGCUGGAAGCUCAGAUCUCAGAAGCAGAGGCCAGCACGGGCAGUGAAUCAGAUACAUAUCAGGAGCAAGCCGCGGCUCUCAAGUCUCAGCUCGAUGACAUAAGAAAGCAAAUUGCUCAUUAUGGUCAAGAAUACCAGGACCUGUUGGCAGUGAAGAUGGGAUUAGAUGUUGAAAUUACAGCCUACAAGAAACUUAUGGAUAGUGAAGAGCUAAGGCUCAGCAGUGGAGGUGGCAUUACCGUGCAGAUGUCCAAAUCUAGUGUGGGUGGAGCAGCUGGCGGAGGUGGUGGAGCUGGAUUUGGCCUUGGAGGUGGCGCAGGUCUGGGUGCUGGAGGAGGCUUUGGCGGAGGUCUUGGUGGAGGCCUUGGCGGAGGUCUUGGCGGAGGCCUUGGUGGAGGUCUUGGCGGAGGUCUUGGUGGAGGCCUUGGUGGCGGAUUUGGAGGUAGUCUCAGCAGUGGACUAAGCUUGGGCGGAGGCUUGAGUUUUGGUGGUGGACUAGGCAGCGGCAGUUUUACAGGAGGUUACAGUUUGAACUCCAGCUCACUAUCUUCUUCUACCGCCUACUGAAGAGCUGUAAAGUCUCCCCAUCUGCCCCAAAUUUCCCAGAGAUUCCAACCUGCUGAAUGACUUCUGGUUUUAUAUCUGCACUUUUCGGAAGACCCUCGGCUUUCCAUAGUUUGCUACUUUCAUAUUUUCUAAUAAAGGGAACCUUUGUUAUUUGAACCUUGUGCGGUGUGCUAAUCCUCUGAGUAUUCUUGCGCUAAAUUAAAAAGGCUCUUUUCUUGCCUGCUUCUAAAUACUGAGCGCUUAUUUUCAAAUGAAAGAUAAAUUAUACAUGUAACCCCGAGCCUGCCACAUAAAUCUCUAAUUACUGAACGGCAGGACGUUCGCCUUUAUCGGAAAUUGUACUCGGCGCCACGGACUGCUGAACUGAAAAGGGCCCUCGACUAUAUGUGUCAGGCUAAAUGUCUGCUAUAAUGAAAACGCCAGAUUCACGAUUACUGUGACUGACACGCUGGCGGAAAAAAAAAAUUUGAAAAGUGCCAUCACAAUCCUAAGGCACGGUGUUUCUGCUAGAAGUGUUUAUUCCAGUCUUCAGCAAAGGCUUUGUAAUGGAGUGUAUAGGACAUUUCUGAUCAGGUUGUAGUUCCCCAGAAUUGUAAAGAAAUUAAAGCAUUUAAACAUUCAA